AUGGCUGCCCCGACCGACCCAGCGGCUGCUGCCGCCGCCGCCGCCUUUGGAUUUAUGGCCUCACGCAGCCGGGGACAAGGCCCCAACACACGCGGCCGGGGUCGUGGCCAUAGUCAUGGCAACAGCGCGCCGGUCGAUCAAAGUAACAAUUGCACGUUGCAUGUGACCAAAAUCGACCCCUCCCUCAACAACGAACAUAGCUUACGCGCCCACUUUGCGCAAUUUGGCACGGUCAAAAACCUCAGUUGGCGACCAUCCUACACGACUGUCGAGUUUGCCGCCCACGAUCAAGCUCUUCAGGCCAAAUCGCAGGGAACGUCGGCUCUGGUUCCGAGCCAAGAUCAACCCGCCACACUCCGCAUCUAUUGGCACAAUCAUUCUCGCCAGCGCUCCAAUGUCCUGGUCGUCAACGCUGAUUCUGAGACCAGUCCGAGCCCCACGAGCCCGCCCAGUGCCACCGCGGCGGUCUUUCCCCCAUCUUCCAGUCCUUUUGGCAGCAGUAGUAGUGGUGGCUCUUCCAAUCCCUUUGGUCAGGCCUCCUCUUUCAAGCCUGCCUCCAGCUUUACGCCCGCAUCCCUGGGACCAAACAAGAAGCCAGCCAGUCCAUUUGGCGCGCAGCCAUCCACAUCUCCCUUUGGCACGCAGCCCUCCACAUCCCCUUUUGGCGCGCAGCCUUCAACAUCCCCUUUUGGCAGUGCUCCUCAAGCCACUCUGACCUCGUCCUCAGGUGGUCAAGGUGUCUUUGGUCAAGCCUCAUCCUUUCGUGCUGCGCCCCCCACUUUUGGCAACAGCGGGGCAAUUUCCUCAGUAGCCACCUCGGCCCAACUGCCACCCACACAAAGCCGGGAUCAGCCCCGCUCCUUUGAUGCUUCUCAAAAAAGCACUCUACAGCCCCCCAACCCCACUGCCACAUCUGCUGGGCCAAAACGUGGUUCCAUUUUCGCACGUCUAGGUGGUCGCGAUCCAGCGUCUGCGCCAUUAGACCUCAAUACCAGUCAAGUGAAGGGUGUUGGUCAUGCCUCAGGCCAACACACCGAGGUUGGCGACCAGGAGGACCAAAAUUACGAUGACAAUCAGGAUGAUAACAACUACGACGAUGACUACGAGGAUGGCGAUCAGAACGACGAUGGCUACGAGGAUGGCGUUCAGAACGACGAGGACUUCGAGGAUGGUGAUGAAAACGACCAGGACUAUGAGGAUGGCGAUGAGAACGACGAGGACUACGAGGAUGGCGAUGAGAACGAGGGCGAUUAUGGUGAUGAACAGGAUGAUGGAGACGACAGAGAUGAGGUGGAAGAAGAAGAACAAGCCGAGGAGGAGGAACAGGACUUGGCCGAUGGGGCCAAUGGCCUUGGGGCAGAUGCGCCAGUCUCAGGCGUGGUCCCACGGGCAGGUGGCUCGAUCUUUGCGCGCCUUUCUAGCCCACCUGCUGCCAAGGCGCAGUCAGCGCACGCAUCAAAGCCAGGAGCUGUCUCAUCCAAAGUGCCAAGUGGUCUCUUUGGUGCUAGUGCAAAGGCACCCUCCCUGGGUCAAUCAACCACAAAUGAGCGUGGUACAAGUUUCUUAGGACAGCGCCAAACCUCCACCCACCCGUCGUUUGGCGGCCUCUUCGGUAAAAAGCCGUCAAGCGAACCGGCGGCCACUGCAGGCGACCAGGAAGAUCUGCCGCAGGAAGGCGAAGAAGGAAGUGAUGUGGACGAGCAACCUGAAGAGGAUCUUGAUGAUGAAGAGGGCGAGGAUGAUGCAGUGCACGAUGGCUUUGACGGCCAAGUGGAGGACAUGGCUGAAGCUGAAAACGAGGAUAACGAUGAGCUGACCCAGCUGCCUUCGUUGCAACACCAACUGCAAGCCUACAUCGAACCUGACUUUGACCGCAUCCGGCAACAGCUCGAAACCCGAAACCAGGGCGAACGCGACGUUUUGCAGCGACGCCGUCUUGAAGACACGUUCGUGUAUGUGGAAGGAACGUGUAAUGACAUGUGCCCCGAACUAGAACGCUACGCGCGCAUAAAUUGCGGCAGUUCUGAUACCAACGGCCAUGUGUGGCAGCUAGAGAUGAGCAACGGCAAGCCCGACCAUCGUCGAAUGGUGAAGGAAUAUCGUAAAGAGGCCGCCGACUCGGUCGCCGAACCGCCGUCCUCGUUGCGGCCCCCACGCACCCUGACGCUCACCAUGCGCUACCUCAUGAAGGAAGUGAUGGACGCUGCCUAUGCGGGCCCACCCCCGACCCGAAAGGCUCAGGCGGUUUGGUACGAGUUUCUCGAGAAUCGCCUACGCGCUCUUCGCAAGGACAUCAAAACGCAAAACUUGACCACAACAGCCUCGCUACGCGUGCUGGAACAAUGCGUGCGCUUUCACCUGUUCGCUGAUUGGUACAUGUCCAACUCGCGCGAGUUCAUUCAAAAUCGCAAGCUCAACCACGAUCGUCUCAAGGAUAGUUACGGCAUGCUUGAGAUGCACUAUAAAGACCUUCGCGACCGCGAGCCCCUGCCCAAUGAAGGCGAGCUCAUGUCCUACCAGCUCCUCCUCAACCUGGGUCAACCCUCAAUUCUUCGUAAAGUCAAACAUUUGCAGCAUGACCCCCACGUUCAGGCCGCCAUCCGCAUCUUUGCCACCAUCACUGACCUCGGGGCCAAGGACGAUGUCAGCAAAUCUGCUUUGUGCAACCACGCACGCUUCUUUCGCCUCCUCCGCCAAGCCACAUUUCUCCAAGCUUGCAUUGCCUCCCACCACUUUGAAGCGGUUCGGCUCGACGCUUUGUUUCAAAUUCGCUCAGGUUAUCGGAAAUUGUUCCCAGGCCCGGAUACGCUAGUGCGCAUCCUGGGCCUUGACAACGUCGAGCAACUUCGCACCUUGGGACAAGCAUUUGGCUGUAGCGUGACGGAUCAAGGCUUGGCAUCCAUGGCCAACCUCGCGCAGCCCGAGCCUUCGGCACGACCCGUCAUGCGUGCUGAAUGGAUUGACGGCCUACGCCGUGGCGUUGAUCUGUCCCAGAUCAUUGGUGGACCUGACAGCCCUGUUCAGGACUUUGACUUUCGCCGCCAUUCGGUCCACGACAGCUUUCGCGGUGCUUAUACGCUCUUUGUCGACGCCGUGCCCGCAACGAAGCGCCCUGCCAUGGCUUCCAGGGGCCCAAACACUCUGCAAACCAAGGUGGCUGUAGCUCCACGUGGAACCACGGCAAUGCAGACGGUGGGUAAGCCCUCAUCCAAGGCCAGCCAGCUUGCCCCAAAAGCCAGCACUACAUCAUCCUCUGGAUUGACUCCAUUGGUGGCCUCCAAGGCGCCGCAGCCACCGCAGCCACCACGCAAAAAUGCCGCGACUGGCCGAGUCGCUUCAAAGUCACCCACACCAAAGGCCGCCGCUGGUGGGGCCAGAGUGUCUCAAAUUGAAGCAAGCAAGUCUGCCAGCUCAAGCGCAAGCAAACCUGAGGCUACGGCUGCCUCUUCGCCGAUCAAGGCCGACAUGCCUGCCUCCAGUUCACGCAAAGAGCUGCCUGCUGCCACCCCAGAACGCACAGACACAUCCAAGGUCGAUGCGGCUUCCAGUGCUGAAGCCGCGCAACGCCAGAAGCUGGCCGCAGCCAAGGCAGCCAAGGAAGCUCAGGCAAAAGAGGCACGGCAGCGCGCUGCAGAAGCGAAACGCCAGGAGCAAGAAUCCAAGCUCAAAGCCAUGCGCGCUCGUGUGCGUAGUGAGGAAGCUGAGCUUGUGACCACGCACCUCGUGAAGGAUGUUCUGACCGAGUCCGUCCACUCCAUUGGCGUGGAGGUGACUGCUCAUUUUCAGCAACGCGAGCAAGAGCUUGACGCCUUUUAUAGUCGAUAUGUGCAAGCUCGUAGUCUGCGUCUAUGGCGUUAUCUGCUUCGUCAGCGUCGUCGUUGUCGUGAAGGACCUGUUGUUCCCACGGCAAGCUAUGAUGCCUCAAAGGCCCCGAGCUAUGUGCCUCGGUAUGAUGUCAAUGCAGUGGUUCCUGCGCAGCAGUCAACACCAGACGACAUUGCUGCUUCGCUCCGCUCCGCUCUGCCAUGGUUCGAAGCAUGCCGUCGUGUCACAGCAGCCCAGGAGAGAGCUUUUCGGGUACUCCGCUUGCUGGUCAUUGAUGCCACCGCAAAGGGUAUGCGGAAUGCCGAUCCUCGCUUUGCAGCCACCGUCAAUAUGCUACAGCAGCCCUUGGCCCAGGUGGCAUUUCAGGAUGAUGCAGCAAGUUACUCGGUGAGCACAUCGACAGUGCACACGCGUGCUUGUGCGGAAGUACACGUGGUGCGCGUGGCUCGAGGCGAAUAUCUGCCCUACGAAGUGGCCGAGCGACUGCCGGAACAGUUUAUGACCGCUCUGGUGCUACUGGAUGACGCUCAAACUGCAUGGGCCCUCCAGCCUGCUCUGAACGAGCUUGUGGCUGUUGUGGAGUCGCAACCGUGCUUGGUGUUGCCGCCGGAUUUGUCCAGCAAACUUCGCCAGAGUUUCAUGGCGACUGGUCGCCGAUGGGCCUUGAGGGGUUUCUUUACCAUGGAAUUGCCCUCAGCUGAUUCCUUACAGGCAUAUCGUGAAGACUGCCUUACUUUUUGUGCUAGCAGCGCUCAGGCUGCCGACUCGGCUGUGCCCGCGGUGGGAGUUGGUCCACUUCUCGAGCGUGUGGUUCUUCAAGAGGCCGGGGACAUGCCUGUUGAGGCCAGUCAUCUCAAGAUCAUAAAGGCAGGAGUCUUGAAAUGUCUUGAGGAGUACAAUGGCAGUUCGGCUAGUCACGACGCCAUGGUGCAGGCAUGCGCCACGAGUGUGGCUCAGUCCCCGGAACAAGGUUUAUCAAUGCUCUGUAACCACCUGCGCGAAGCCGAGGCUCUAGUACCGCGGGAAUUGGCAACUGUGCUGCAGUCCGCAGUCCGGAAAGUUCUGGCUCACGCUUUUGAGCCACCUCCGUUCGUGGCGCCGAGCCUGUCGCCCCUUCCUCUUCUCGAGACAGAGGUGGACACGAUGGGUCCCACCUCCGUUGCCUCGCCUUCCACUGGCCACAUGAGCAAUAAGCGCACUUUGCUCGCAGGCGCUGAAAGCGUUGAGCAGAAUGAGCAGCAGCCAUGCAAGUUGGCCAAGAAAGUCAUGCCUGCAUGGCAGGAAAAACUACAGGCACUGACCGCUCAGCUGGAGGCUGAAACGUCUGCUUGGUCCUUAUUAACAACGCAACACCCUUCCACCCCUUCCUUUCCCUCCGAGAAGUCAGUUGCUGAAAGCGGUGAGCGGGACGCGAAAAAGGCCCAUCGCAUCAAACAGGGCGGCAGCUCUCAAGCCUCUGCAAUCUUGGAGGAUCUGCGGGCGCAAAUUCGCCUUGAAGCCAGGCGUAUGGCAACGAGUACUUUGCGCAUGCAAACCACAUUCGAGUCUAUAGAGCCGCGGCUCCUCGGAGAAAGAGAAUAA